GUGGUCGGAGACUGACUCAAGAAAUGGGGCCAUCGCCUGUUUUGUCGAACAAUGAAAAGAAAAUAAGUGAUUUACCAGAAAAUCUCUUGCUGAAAAUAUUUGAUUACCUACCUGUGAAGGAAUUAUGUAUAAUUGGAAGAGUUUGCAGACAAUGGAGAAGAAUUGUUCGUGACAAUUCCCUAUGGAGACAUGUAGAUCUUCUCAAUUAUCGUCUGGAUCUGAAGAAGAUGUGGAAAGUGAUACGCAGUCACCUGUCAGAAUGCUUACUUUCAAUUAAAGUCAAAGGUUUUAUGGAUACCGGGAAACCAAAGUCAUCAGCCCAUUCUUUAUCUGAUGCAAUGCUGAAUGAUUUAAAAGACAGAUGUCCAAACCUGGCAGAAAUUCACCUAAAAAAUUGUAACACAACAAACCUAAAUCCAAAACUUUUUCCACCGACACUUGUGAGAUUAACACUAGAAAACUGUGCAGUACAGCCCGGCUUAAUGAAGAAUUUCAGUGAAGAUUUACCACAGCUUUUAUAUCUAAAUGUAUCGGGAACUGUGAGGUUUGAUGACAUAGAGUUGUCUUACCUAUGUAAGUCAGAGCAAUUAAAAUCAUUAGUAGUUAAUGGCUGUUAUCGUGUAUCAGUGGAAGGUCUAUCAAAAAUAGCGCAAAACUUGAAAAACCUUCAGGAAAUGGAGUUGGCAGAUACAGGCAUAAAGAAUACAAACCAGAAUCUGGAGCUAGCAGUUCAUCACAUGACACGUAACAUGAGUUCUCUACAUCAUUUAAAUUUCAAAAGGUGUGCAUCAUUAACCCCUGUAAUUCUCCAGAACCUCUUGUCAGGUCUAAAAAAGUUAAAAACACUUAAUAUUGCUUGUUGUCCAGAUAUUAAGUACACUUCUCUUGUGAAUAUGGAACAAAACAUGAGAGGACUGAGGCUGUUGGAAGUCUGCCAGUCACAGAUGGAGGGACAUAAUAUAGAGGACCUGGAGUCCCUCCUUGUGGAGUGCUCCGUUCACCUGACAGAACCCAGUUCCUGUAAAUGCCAAACAUAAGGGUUCAACUAGUACCAACUACUGCAACCAGUUUAUCAUGAUUACACAUAAAUAUAAAAUGAGCACUGUCUAAAAUAGCGAAAUUAGUUGACUUAAAAUAAAUUUAAAUGAAUGAAAUGUAUGUAACUUAGAUGCAAAAUUAGAUUUCUAUGUACAUGUGAUCAUCACAAUUAUUGUGAUGUUAUGCUGAAAUUCAGGAUGAUGCAAUACAAGACAUU